AUGUCUGAGACCUUGUUGAAGCCCGAGAAGGACUUCUCCAAGGACGCUGACAAGCUUAUCCCGGAGGCUGAGGCACUUGCUAAGACCGAUGUGCAGGGUGCGAUCGAUAAGUUGUUGGUCUUGGAGAAGCAAGCACGACAAGCUUCGGAUCUGGCCACUACAUCGCGUCUUUUGAUUACCAUCGUCACCGUCAGCAAGAACUCCGGCGACUGGACCCUUCUUAACGACCAAGUCCUCCUGCUCUCAAAGAAACAUGCCCAGCUCAAGCAGGCUACAACGCGUAUGGUGCAGGAGGUUAUGAAGUUCUUGGACGAUACCCCAAAUCUGGAUGUCAAGCUUUCUGUCAUCGAAACUCUGCGAACAGUUACCGAGGGAAAGAUCUUUGUUGAAGUUGAACGAGCCCGCGUCACACGAAUCCUGUCGAAUAUUAAGAAGUCGCAAGGUGAUCUCACUGCGGCCGCAGAUAUCCUCUGUGAGCUGCAGGUAGAGACAUUUGGAUCUAUGACGAGACGUGAGAAGACCGAAUUCAUCCUAGAGCAGGUCUCUUUGUGCAUUGAACGUGGAGACUGGACACAGGCAUCGAUUCUCACUCGCAAGAUCAACAAGCGGUAUUUCAACCGUAAGCCGAAGAAGAGUGCCGAGGAGAUUGAGAAGCUCCAGAAGCAGGCGGAGGAGCGAGAGAAGACCCGUGGUCCUGAUGAGCCUCCAAUGGAGGUGAAUGAUGAUGUGACUGAUCUCAAGCUGCGCUACUAUGACCAGCAGAUCAUUCUUGCCAACCACGACUACAAAUACCUUGAUGUGUGCAAGCACUACCGAGAAGUCUUGGACACCGAGGCGGUUGAGAACAACCCAGAGCAAUUGCGCGCGUCCCUCGCACGCAUCGUCUAUUAUAUCGUCCUGUCUCCCUACGACAACGAGCAGUCAGACCUGUUGCACCGCAUCCAACAAGAUUCGCGACUAUCCCAAGUCCCCGAGGAAGCCCGUUUGUUGAAACUGUUUACCAUUCCAGAGCUUAUGCGCUGGCCCAUGGUCGCAGAGCAGUUCGGUCCUCACUUAUGCGGCACCGAUGUGUUCGACGCCCAGCCCAAACAGACUACCGACAACGAGGCCAACCGAAGAUGGCAAGACCUGCGCAAGCGUGUCAUCGAGCAUAACGUCCGGGUGGUCGCCAAAUACUACACUCGUAUCCAGAUGGGCCGACUGACCCAGCUCCUGGAUUUGACCGAGGAAGAGACGGAGAAGUACAUCAGUGACCUGGUCACCUCCAAGACUAUCUACGCGAAGAUUGACCGUCCUGCUCGACUCGUCAACUUUGCCAAGCCUCGCGAUGCAGACGAUGUGCUGAAUGAGUGGAGCAGUGACAUGAAGAGUCUGCUUGGUCUCCUGGAGCGGAUCGAUCAUCUCAUCACCAAGGAAGAGAUGAUGGCUCGUAUCCUGCCGUCUCGCGGUGAGAAGGCCAAGGCUCGUUAA